AUGAUAUCCAAACUCACCCUCCCAACCACCGACCUCAUCACCGCGCACCACGCCGCCGGCAAAAAGACUUACAUCCUCCCACUCACGCACCCCAGCAUCACCACGCUCCUCCCGCUCAUCCCGCACCUCUCCUACCACACCGACGUCUUCGAGCUGCGCGUCGACCUGCUCUGCGACCCCGCCUCUCCCACCUCCCCGCCGUCAUGCAGCUAUCUCAAGAGCCAGCUCUCGCUGCUGCAGCAGGCCACGGAGCUGCCGAUCAUGUUCACGAUCCGCACCGUCAGCCAGGGCGGGAAGUGGCCGGACAGCGCGCACGAGGCGGCGCUGGAGGCGAUGUUGAUAGCCGUGAGGGAGGGGUGUGCGUAUGUGGAUGUUGAGAUUGAAUGGCCGCAGGAAAUGAUUGAUGUCAUGGUGAGGGAGAAGGGCGGGAGCAAGAUUGUGGGGAGCUUUCAUGAUUGGACGGGGGACAUCCCGUGGGGGAGCGAGGUGCUGAGGGAGAAGUUUGAGAGGGCUGAUAGCUUUGGUGCGCGGGGGGGAGGCGCGGAAAGCGGGGGAGGGAGAGGUAAUUGGAAAUGA